GCGCGUGUCAGGGGAGGUGGAGAAUGCUGGGAGCCGUGAGUGGAGCGGUGAUGGAGAGGAAAUAACGUUAUAAAGAUUUACGCACCCGGCUGCAGAAAGCAGCUCCUGUGUGGGUGGGACUCGCUGGUCAGUGAGUGUGCGUCCAAGUAGCUGCGUUUCCACCCUGCAUUUCCUCAGCGAUGUACGGGAGCGCCAGGACGGUCGGGCAUCUGGAGGGCAGCCCCGCCCGUUCCCCUCGCCUUCCGCGGUCCCCGAGGCUGGGCCAUCGCCGCGCCAACAGCGGAGGUGGAGGGGGUGCGGGGAAGACCCUCUCCAUGGAGAACAUCCAGUCCCUGAACGCAGCCUAUGCCACCUCUGGGCCCAUGUACCUGAGCGACCAUGAGGGCGUGGGCUCCACCACCUACCCGAAGGGCACCAUGACACUGGGGCGGGCCACCAGCCGUGCCGUGUACGGCAGCCGCGCCACCGCCAUGGGCAGCAGCCCCAACAUCGCCUCGGUGGGGCUUCCGCACAGCGAGCUCCUCUCUUACGGUGACAUGGGCUCGCUCUCCAUGCUCCAUCACCACCACCAUCACCAGGGGGUGCCCUCGGGCCUGCGGCAGAUGCGCGACAGCGCCAUGCUGGAUCUGCAGUCCCAGCUGAAGGACCUGCAGCGUGAGAACGACCUGCUGCGCCGGGAGCUGGACCUGAAGGACAGCAAGCUCGGCUCCUCCACCAACAGCAUCAAGACCUUCUGGAGCCCCGAGCUGAAGAAGGAGCGAGUGAUGCGCAGGGAGGAGGCUGCACGCAUGUCUGUCCUCAGGGAGCAGAUGAGGGUGACCCAUGAGGAGAACCAGCACCUCCAGCUGACCAUCCAGGCCCUGCAGGACGAGCUGAGGACCCAGAGGGACCUGAACCACUUGCUCCAGCAGGAGAGUGGAAACCGCAGCGCCGAGCACUUCACCAUCGAGCUCACCGAGGACAACUUCCGCCGCCUGCAGGCCGAGCAUGAGCGGCAGGCUAAGGAGCUCUUCCUCCUGAGGAAGACGCUGGAGGAGAUGGAGCUGCGCAUCGAGACCCAGAAGCAGACGCUCAACGCCCGCGACGAGUCCAUCAAGAAGCUGCUGGAGAUGCUGCAGAGCAAGGGCCUGCCGUCCAGCCGCACCGUGGAGGAGGAGAGCGAGCGGACGCGCAGGAUUGCAGAGGCUGAGUCGCAGGUCAGCCAUCUGGAGGUCAUCCUGGACCAAAAGGAGAAGGAAAACCUGCACCUGAGAGAGGAGCUACAUCGCAGAACCCAGCUCCAUCAAGACCCAGGGAAAACCAAGGCCCUUCAGACUGUGAUAGAGAUGAAGGACACCAAAAUCGCCUCUUUGGAGAGGAAUAUUCGGGACCUGGAGGACGAGCUUCAAAUGCUGAAGACAAACGGAUUACUGAAUACAGAGGAGCGGGAGGAGGAGCUCAAACAGAUGGAGGUUUAUAAGAACCACUCCAAGUUCAUGAAGAACAAGAUUGAUCAGUUGAAACAAGAACUGUCAAAGAAAGAGUCGGAGCUCCUUGCCUUACAGACGAAGCUGGAGACCUUGAACAAUCAGAACUCGGACUGUAAGCAGCACAUUGAGGUGUUGAAAGAAUCACUCACAGCCAAAGAACAGAGAGCUGCUAUCCUCCAGACGGAGGUGGAUGCUCUGAGGCUGCGACUGGAGGAGAAAGAGUCAUUCCUCAAUAAGAAAAGCAAACAGCUGCAGGAGCUUACAGAGGAGAAGGGCACACUGGCCGGGGAGAUCCAUGACAUGAAGGACAUGCUGGAGGUCAAGGAGCGCAAGGUCAACGUCCUGCAGAAGAAGAUUGAAAAUCUGCAGGAGCAGCUGCGGGAUAAGGACAAGCAGCUGAGUAACCUGAAGGACAGGGUGAAGUCACUGCAGACGGACUCCAGCAACACAGACACUGCCCUAGCCACCUUGGAGGAGGCGCUGUCUGAGAAGGAGAGAAUCAUUGAGCGUCUGAAGGAGCAGCGGGAGCGGGAGGAUAGGGAGAGGCUGGAAGAGGCAGAGUCUUAUAAACGGGAGAACAAGGACCUGAAGGAGAGAGUCAGUGCGCUGCAGGCAGAGCUCACUGAGAAGGAGUCCAGUUUAAUCGACUUGAAAGAACACGCGUCGUCUUUAGCUUCAGCGGGGCUGAAAAAGGAUUCCAAGCUGAAAUCCCUGGAGAUCGCAAUUGAGCAGAAGAAGGAAGAGUGUAAUAAACUUGAAACACAGCUGCAAAAGCAAGCAGAGCAGCUGCUCAGUCAAACGCACAACCCUGCCCAUGAGGGUGACCAGGUGCCCAGGCGCCCCCCGGAGGCUGAAAGGGUGAAGUUGCUGGAGAAGGAGGUGGCAUUUUACAAAGAGGAGUCUGGGAAGGCUCAUGCAGAGGUGGACAGGCUGCUAGACAUCCUGAGGGAGGUGGAGACUGAGAAAAACAACAAGGACAAGAGGAUCGCUGAGCUAGAGAGCCCCCCGCCACCCGGCCCCCGCCCCAGUGGCAGAGCACCCCCUGAUCAGCCCGUCCCCGCGUCAGCCCCCCCACAGCAGAUCGGGGGGCUGAUGUGGGACUUCCUGGGAAACCUGGCACCCAGGCAGUCCAAGGAGCAGAACAAGAAGAGUGCCAGCCUCAAGCACGACCAACAGGGGGAGAAGAAGAGCAGUAGCCAGCUCGCUCAGGAGGGUCGCAAGGACAACUUGCCAGACAGCUCCCAGCACUUAAAGCUGGAGGAGCUGAUGAGCACUCUGGAGAAGACCAGGCAGGAGCUGGAUGCCACUAAGCAGCGCCUGUCUUCCACACAGCAAUCCCUGGCAGAGAGAGACGCUCACCUCACCAGCUUGCGCCAGGAGCGCAGAAAACAGCUGGAGGAGAUCCUGGACAUGAAGCAGCAGGCCCUGCUGGCUGCCAUUAGUGAGAAGGACGCCAACAUUGCACUGCUGGAGCUCUCUGCCUCCACCAGGAAGAAGACGCAGGAUGAGGUGCUGGUGCUGAAGAGGGAGAAGGACAGGCUGAUGCACCAGCUCAAACAGCAGACACAAAGCCGGAUGAAACUGAUUGCAGACAACUAUGAGGAAGACCAUGAUCUCCCUCAUCAUCCUCAGCCACCACUACCCCAGCACUCCCAUCCUCACAACCCCCACCCCCAACAUCCACACCCCCAACACCCCCAAGCUCUACACCCCCAGCACCCACCACCUCAACACCCUCAACACCCUCAACACCCUCAACACCCCCAACACCCCCAACACCCACAACCUCAGCACCCCCAGCACCCCCAACACCCCCAACAUCCUCACCCCCAACAUCCCCACCCUCAACACCCCCCACCUCAACAUCCCCAACACCCCCCACCACAACAUCCCCAACACCCCCACCCUCAACAUCCCCCACACCCAGCACCCCAACACCCACAACCCCAGUACCCCCAUCCUGCGCACCACCAACCACAGCACCCCCACCCCCCACAACACCCCCACCCCCAACAUCCGCACCCACCUCCACAUCAUCAGCCUCAACAUCCCCACCCCCCUCAACACCACCAACCUCAACACCCUCACCCCCCUCAACACCAUCAACCUCAACACCCACACCCUCAGCACCCCCAUCCCCCUCAACACCAUCCACCUCAACACCCACACCACCCACCCCCCCACCACCGUGGCUCCGCCCGUGCGCCCCCCCGUGCUAGCCAUUGGCCCUCGCCUGAUCAGGAUGAUGAGGAGGGCAUUUGGGCAUAACUGUUUCCAUCACAACCAAAGCUCCAGUGUUGUUCUGAGGGAUGAUCCAGUCACUGUUGGAGAAACACCACCAUGGCUCUGAGCUGAAACUAUCCAUUGGCUAUAAUCCACACUUCCGUAAGGAAAUCUUCAUCUUUACCAAGUGCAGAUAAAGAGGAGGGCGAGUGCGAGCAGGAAGACAGAGGGUGCAGAAUCGCUGCUGAGCCGGUACAACCAAGUACCAGCUGAAGGAGAUGAGGGAGAGUAGGGCAGAGAAGGGCUCUCUGGCUCCUCCCAGUUGGCCUUAGCAGCACAAACGCCCUUCCAGAGACAUGCCUGCCCAAACAGACGUCUGCCAUGACCAGUCUCUGUCUGGACCUAUGUCCCUUUGGACCUUGGCACAGGUGGGAGAGUACUGAAUACUGAGGCACAGUCCCGGUAGACACUCUGCUGGCCUGAACAGCACCCUCUUGUGGCCUCCAGAGGGCCUCUCCCACAGCAGCCUCCCUUUAUUCUGUGUUGUGUCUGUAGAGGUUUUUAUUUACUCCGGAAGAUGGUGGUUUAUACUGCAGUGCAGAGUCAUCCCUUGGGUGUAUGCACUAUGGUGUUGUAUACCUCUGUACUUGUUCAUUGUAAUGUGGUUGUUUGGCCCUGGAGAGGCAGUCUGCC